GCCAGUGUAUAGUAUACGUAUAUAUGUGUGUAAUAUAUUUUUACUAUACGUAACAUGUAGUUGAUAUUUAACUUACAUGAGAUACCAUUGAUAUAUUAAACAUUAUUCAUUGACUAAGUUGCAAUUUUAAAUGAAAAUAAAAAAACUCAUUAAGAACGACAUUGAUGGUGCAUUUUUGAUACUUGGAUAUAAGAUAGUACAUCUAUAUAAAACUUUGUUUAUGUUCACGGUUUGAUGUAGUACUAUAUUCCCGGUUCUGGAAAAGAUUCGUGUUGAGAGAGAUUUUCAAAUAUAAUAUUAAUUUAUACUAUUAAAAAUGAGUAUACUCGCAUACAAUGGUGGAGCAAUAAUUGCUAUGAAAGGAAAAAAUUGUGUGGCAAUAGCUGCCGAUCGUAGAUUUGGUAUUCAAGCGCAAACCAUAACUUGUAACUUUCAAAAAAUAUAUGAAAUGGGUCCUCAUUUAUACGUAGGACUUCCUGGACUCAGUACUGAUAGCCAAACGGUGAUGGAGAGACUGCGUUUUCGCUUAAAUUUAUAUGAACUUAAGGAAAAUAGAAAGAUUCAUCCUAAAACUUUUGCUGCUAUGAUAUCAAAUCUGUUGUACGAAAGAAGGUUUGGGCCAUAUUUUAUAGAACCAGUUGUCGCUGGUUUGGAUCCUGUUACAUUUGAACCAUUUAUUUGUAAUAUGGAUCUGUUAGGUGAUUUGAACAUACCAGAUGAUUUUGUAGUAGGUGGAACAUGUACAGAACAAUUAUAUGGUAUGUGUGAAUCAUUAUACGAGCCCAAUUUGGAAGCAGAUGAUCUUUUUGAAACAAUUAGUCAAGCUUUAGUCAAUGCAUUUGACAGAGAUGCAAUAUCUGGUUGGGGUGCCAUUGUCCAUAUUAUCGAAAAAGAUAAAGUCACUACGAGAACCAUUAAGACACGUAUGGAUUAAAAUAGUUUUUUUUAUCAUUAUUUUAUGUUAAAAUCAACCGAGAAUUAUUAUAAUUAUUGUAAUGGUUAAGCUAAUACAAGCGAUUGCAAGAAAAAUAAUUUCCAAUAAACUGUCACUAAAAUAAA